AUGGCUUUCAAGUUUGCUACUCUCUGGCAGGCCCCAGAGGUAAACCCGGUUAAUGGGAAAGCUCGUUCGAUUCCCAUUCUCAACCCUAUCAACAAAUAUGGACGUGUCUUCACGUUUUCUUGGCUUGGAUUCAUGAUGGCCUUCCUGUCGUGGUAUGCGUUCCCACCAUUGUUAACUAUUACUAUCAAGAAAGAUCUCAACUUGAGCCAAGCUGAGAUCGCCAAUUCCAAUAUCAUUGCUCUUACUGCCACUCUCCUUGUCCGUAUUGUCGCUGGAUCAUCAUGCGAUCGUUUCGGACCCCGAGUAACAUUCGCCGCAUGCUUGUUGAUUGGCGCUAUCCCGACCGCACUCGCAGGUACAAUUCACAAUGCUGCCGGCCUAUACGCGAUUCGAUUCUUUAUUGGCAUCCUUGGUGGAGCUUUCGUUCCUUGCCAGGUUUGGUCCACUGGCUUCUUCGACAAGAACAUCGUCGGAACGGGAAACGCUUUGACGGGAGGAUGGGGGAACUCCGGCGGUGGAAUCACCUUCUUCGUUAUGCCAGCGUUAUACGAUAGCCUUGUCCAAAAGCAACACUUAACACCUCACGUUGCAUGGAGAGUCGCCUUCGUUAUACCCUUUAUCAUCAUCACCUUCGUUGCUAUCCUGAUGUUGAUCCUCUGCCCCGAUUGUCCUACUGGAAAAUGGUCGGAGCGUCACCUUGCUGUCCAAGAGAACCUUCACACACACGGUAUUAAUCCCACAAGUCUCGAUAUUCCCGCUGCUGUCGGUGACCAUGAGACUGGAGACGUAUCCACCACUAGCGAGGAUGAGAAACGCCGAGACGAGAAGCACCCAGAGAAGAGCCCUGAGGAGGAAGCCGAUAUGGCAAGAGCCAGACACGGCUCAUUCACCCGCGAGGCUCCCAUGACCGAGCAAGAGAUGCUUGCUACGGCCCAGGGAGAAGUCAUCGUGAAACCAACCUUGAAAGAAGCAAUGGCCGUCACCUUUUCUCCGCAAACAUUCGUCAUUGCUUUCUGCUAUUUCUGUUCCUUCGGCGCCGAACUCUCCAUCAACUCCGUCCUCGGUGCUUAUUACCUCAAGAACUUUCCCAAGCUCGGCCAAACGGGCUCUGGACGCUGGGCCGCCAUGUUUGGUCUCCUGAACGUUGUUUUCCGUCCUCUUGGCGGUAUCCUCUCCGAUUACGCCUACCGCAAGAGCGGCACUGUCUGGAGCAAGAAGAUCUGGCUCCACAUCUUAGCCGUCAUCUGCGGAGCCUUCCAAAUCGCGAUUGGCGUCGUGGAUAGCAAGAAGGAGUCGACCAUGUUCGGUCUGGUGGCCGGUAUGGCCUUCUUCCUCGAGGCGGGUAACGGGGCCAACUUCUCGCUCGUGCCUCAUAUCCACCCGUUCGCCAAUGGCAUCAUCUCCGGUAUCACAGGCUCGGUUGGAAACCUGGGUGGCAUUAUAUUCGCCAUCAUUUUCAGGUAUCUGGGAGCGGACUAUGGCAAGGCGUUUUGGAUAAUUGGCGUCAUUACCAUAGGUGUCAACAUUGCUCUGUGUUGGAUCAGACCCAUACCCAAGGGCCAAAUUGGGGGUCGCUAGAUCUGCCAUUUUAUCUGUGAGGACGGUCAAUGCACCACUUGAUUUUUGUAUGUUUGUUGUAUAGCGUGUUUGAGAUACCAGAAUAGACCGAUUAUGACUUGCUUGCUUCGACCAGCUCCUACCUACCUAGGUAGUACCUUGAUACUUGAUAACAGCUCUCAAAACAGCCCAGAAGCACACGACGUGAACCCCAGACGCAAGGGUAAAAGGAGUGAUGUAUAUUCACUACUGUACUCAGGAUCUGAUAAUGAACUGGAUAAUUAUAUUUCUUUUUCUGGGGUGGGGUAG